AUGCGAGAUGAGCGGCCUCCCCUCCCCUGCUGCUACAUAAGUGGCCUACUCUUCUUCCUCCCCGAGAAGCCCACCCACCAUCCUCCACAAGGUCCGUCUCUGUCCUCCUCCUCUUCAACCACUCUUGAAGAUAGAAAGAUGGAGCGCCUCAGGACCGGCUUCGACAAGUUCAAGACCGAGGUCUAUGACAAGAAGCCGGAUCUCUUCGAGCCCCUCAAGGACAACCAGGAACCCACGUACUUGUUGUUCGCGUGCGCCGACUCGCGCGUGUGCCCGUCAGUCACCCUGGGCCUGGAACCCGGCGAGGCCUUCACCGUUCGCAACAUCGGCGCCAUGGUCCCGUGCUACUGCAAGAACAAGCACACCGGCGUUGGAUCGGCCAUCGAAUAUGCCGUCUGUGCCCUCAAGGUUAAGGUCAUCGUGGUGAUUGGCCACAGCCGCUGUGGUGGAAUCAAGGCUCUCCUCUCGCUCAAGGAUGGGGAAGACGACUCCUUCCACUUCGUUGAGGACUGGGUCAGGAUUGGGUUCUCGGCCAAGAAGAAGGUGAAAGACGAGUGUUGUGACCUGCCUUUCGAGGACCAAUGUGCCGUCUUGGAAAAGGAGGCCGUCAACGUGUCCCUCCAGAACCUCAGCACCUACCCGUUCGUCAAGGAGGGUGUGGCCAAUGGAACCCUCAAGCUAAUCGGCGGCCACUACGACUUCGUCUCAGGAAAGUUUGACACAUGGGAGCUGUAA